AUGUCUAGCAUAGAUUCAAACCUCUCAGGCUUUUCCCCCAAGAAUAAAUUUGGAGAAUUUUCCAUUAUGGAAGAAGGAACAAAGCAUAAACAUGUUUUUCAUUCCCAGGAAUUCCCUAGGGAAGCUUCUGGCUUCAUAUCUGCUUUCCAGAAGAUUGUAGCAGAGCUGGUGGGCACUUACAUUUUCAUAUUUGUGGGGUGUGGCUCUGCUCUUGUUGAUAGGGAGAAGGAACUCACCAUAGUGGGAAUAGCUUUAGCUUGGGGUCUUCCUCUAAUGGCACUCAUAUAUACACUUGGCCAUGUUUCUGGUGCACAUUUCAACCCUGCUGUUACCAUAGCUUUUGGCACUUCUGGCAGGCUUCCCUUAGUGCAAGUUCCUAUGUAUGUGGUGUGUCAGUUGGUGGGUUCAACACUUGCAUGCCUCACCUUGAAGGUGCUAUUCAAUCACCAAAACGACAUUAAACCAACCCUUACUCAGUACAACACUCCAACCACUGAUCUCGAGGCUAUAACCUGGGAGUUCCUCAUGACUUUCAUUCUAAUAACAAAGAGCUAGCCGGAGUGGCAAUUGGAGUUACACUCUUGUUUGAAGUCCUGGUUGCUGGCCCCAUAACUGGAGCUUCCAUGAAUCCUGCAAGAAGCAUAGGCCCAGCAGUUGUCUCAGGUGUUUAUAAGAACCAAUGGGUGUUUGUUGUUGC